CCGCUUUCCAUGGCUGCCUCUCUUGCCUUCCUCUGUUGCUUUCCGCAUCAGCGUGAAAUCCGGUAGGGUUAUUGGAACGCGUUUCGGAUACGUGCCGGCUUGCCUCUCGCUAUCGCUUCCGCUAUCACGUUAGUUUCAUUCUCACGAUGGUCUCGACACCGUUUACGUCAAUGGCAGUGCACUGUAGGAAGCCAAGCUCACACAUCCGCACCAGCGUCCCGUUACACCAGCAGCGUCCCGUCUAGUUAUUCUGCAGUGUGUAGACAAUCAUCUUCAGGGGUUUUAAAAACAAGAACCAUGUCGCAUACUGAGUAAAGAGCUUCAGUAAGCGUUGCUCUUGGUCUCGCUAAGUUACCGCAUCAUUCCGUCAGCUCGAACGUUUCGCACCUUCUAGUUUCUCGGACCGCAUCUGACUGCGUUUCCCUUCAACGCGUGCGUCAAUGGAGAGAGACCGGAGCCUUCCCG